UUUUAACUCAAAACAAUCUGUUAAUUAAUAUAUUUUCCUUUGUUAAAAUAAAAUAAAAUAAAAUUAAAUAUUUCAUAAUUAAACUAAUAAAGUGUUGGCCUAGUGAUUAAAUAAGAACCAGAAGGCGCACCGUAUUUCCGUUUCCCCGUCUGGUUUUCCCAAACGUCGCCUCUAAUUCCUGAACAUUUAUUUUUGCAAGCCUGAACCACAAAUAGCCUGUAAGCAUUAUGAAACUCAAUGCUAAAGUUGCGCAGGCCUACCAUGCAAUGAGAUAUAUUGGAAUUAGUGAGAAAAAAGUGAAACCAGUUUUGAAGAAACUUCUGGGGCUAUAUGAAAGGAAUUGGGAGCUCAUAGAGGCUGAAAAUUAUAGAGCUCUUGCUGAUGCCAUCUUUGAAGAGGAAGAUACUGAGGAAGGUGAAGCUUCAUCUCGUCCCAGCAACUGCGAGAUUGGGUUGGAUGGAGCUUUGGUAAAGAGGCCUAAAGAGGAGCAGGAAGAACUUCCUUCCCCUCCUUUGCUGCAGCGAUCACAAAAGAACCAAAAGCCAUCUCAGUACAAUCUUAGAAAUGCAAGGAUUGAAGGCCAGCCUACUUCACCUUGUCCUAUCUCACCUACGCCUGCCUCAUCAAAUGAUCCUAGAGAUGAAUCAAAUUCACUUUCUUCUCAUAUGCAUGUCAGAAACAAAGGGAAGGAGCCAAUUUCAUCUCAUGUAGCUUCAGGUGAGAGAGCUCUCAUUCCUACGAGAGCAUCUAAUGCAUUGAGCCCUAAAAAUCCAGCAUCUGAGCCAGGUAUUUUGCCUAAGGGAAGUGUCCCUGAUGCGUUGAUCAUCCCCAAAGAGGGGCCUUUUACUUGUGACAUUCCACAGUUUGAGGGUUCUAUGGCAGUUAUUCAUCCAGGGGAUUCUGCUGCAGCAAAUAAUGGUUCAAGCGGAAGAUCAGAUCUUCAGGAACCUCCAGUAUCCCUGCAGGCAGAUGGACGUGUAUGUGAUUGUGUUCCCACUUUGUCCAAGGAGAGGAAAACCAACUCUGUGCUUUCCUCCGUUGCUGCUGAGUUCCCUCACUGCAUAGAAAUCGCUUCCUCAACCUUGGGAGAGGUGAAGAUUUAUCUUAGCUGCAACUUUGCUCUUGGAAGCCCAAAUUUCCAUGUCCAUAGUCCAGUUGAACUAAUAGAAUUGAUGGAGAAACGUCUAAGAUUAUAUACAAUUAUCGACCCAAACUUUUCAGUCACGAAACUGAUGCAAGAUAUGUGUGAGUGCUUCUUGGAAUUGGUGACUAAUUCCUCAAAUGAAGGGCACCAAACAAUGUCCCAAUAAGGGAAAUAUUUGCACUGGGAACAUUUUAUUUCAUCUUUAGUGACAAAACAGCUUGUAUAAAUCACUUUAGAAAAAUUUGUCAUGAUUUUUCAUUCAGCUGUUAAUUGUUUGAAUUGGUUUGCUCUUUAAUGGAGGGUUUUUGGUGUUACUUCUUACCUGUUCUUAUGCUGCAGGAUCAAAGUCUACAAUGAUUGCAAAUAUCAUUCUUUUAUUUGACUAUGUUUCUGUUAACUGACAGACUACUAGAGUGAAUGGCCAAGCUCAAGCAACUAUUUUAAGAACUGGGGCUAAUAUCUGCACCACAUUUCCAAGGAUGGUUAUACAAUAAUAUUGGCACGGUUGU